CGGUUCUCUUAGCCAUUUGGCUCUUUGGCGUUGGCUGUCUUGUCGCCUUCAAGUUUGUUUCAGUUUCAGUUUGACCGUCGAAUGCAGAGAACGUCGGGACAACGCUCUUGCUAUAGCCAUUCGACAUCGGUCCGCUAAAAGAAACGGCCUGAAGCCAUAAAAAAGCGCGUGUGAACGAGAGGCCAACGAAAUAUUCAUAGCAUGAGUGAACACAGUGAGCGCUUUAAAUAGAAAACGCGAAAUAGUCAACUCGAAUGGAACGUGAGUGUAGGGAAUAAGUGCUGGGAAAAUCGCCGUCUAGAUUAUAGCAAAAUUGCCAUAAUAACCACUUGUGAGCAAAUGUGAAGCAAUGUAAAGAGCAAAAGAAAAUAUAAAAAUUAUUCUUCUUCUCAACCAACGUGAAAGUGAAUUCAACAAGGUUAACUUAAACAGCGCAGAGGAGGGAAAAUCAAAGGCCUGAUCAAUAAUAAAACGAAUUUAAAAAAUGUAUUCUUAUUAUUUAUGAUAAUCUAAAAUAAUCAUUUAAGAUAAUCAACCAUAUAAAUUUUUGAAGUGCAGUUAAAUUUGGAUAUAAUGAAAUAAAGAAAUGAUGACUGACAACGGUCAUGUAUAAAAUUGAAAAGUGAUUUUGGUGCACCGAAUCAGUACUCGAAAAACUGCAACGAUAGUUGUAUGUGCCUAGCGAGGCUACAUACAAUAUUAAAGUUUUAAAAAAUCGUCAGAUAAAAUUAUCUUGUAAACUGAGCUAACAAGAUGGGAAAUAUGGCGCUAAGACGAUCAGGAAAGGCUGUUCCCAAGUCGAAUCAAUUGGCAGAGAACAGUCCAAUACCGCUUUCGCUGGUACUGCUGCUUUUCUUUGCGCUAGUUGAUAGCACUAGUGCACAAGUUGAUACUACCAUUAGUCAGCAAGAAAGUCAUUCAGUUGUUCUACCGUGCCCCGUCAAUGCAGAAAAGUGCGGAAAACUCCAUUCGCUAAAUUGGUUUAAGGGCGAUGAACGCAUUGCUGCAAUGCUUCUUGGAGAUAGUAACGUCACGAGUGUUAAUAAAGAGUUUGACGAAAGAGUAACUGUGGAGCAAAACCCAUACAGACUAGUAAUUAAGGACUUAAAAAUAUCUGAUGAAGAUAUUUAUCUAUGUGAUACUACAUUUUUUAUACCAGAGGAAACUUGUGAUAACUUCAAUGGAUAUCGAAUAGAAUUGAGAGUGCUAGUGCCACCCACUGAGGUUGUUAUCUUGGAUGCAAAAGGAGAUCGAAUCGAGAACGGCAGUGUAGUGGGACCCAUGCAGGAACGUCAGUCCCUCAAAGCUACAUGUACUGUAAGGAACACCCGACCUCAACCUGAAGUGAGCUGGUUUCGUGGAACAAAGCGACUAACAACUUAUUCCCCCACUCACGACUUAAUCGAUGGUCUUUAUACGUCAACACUAGAGUUGGAUUGGCAGUUGUCCCGUGAAGAUCUUGCUCAGGAUAUUGAGUGUCGUGUGAAAUCUGCAGCCAUACAAAAUGUUACUGUAACUAAGUUUAGCGUGGAUUUACAAGUUCGGCCAACUAGUAUUAAUAUUAAUGGGGUAAAACAUCACACAGUACAAGGCAGCAAAGUGGUUUUAACAUGUGACAUCCGCGGGGCUCGACCAGCAGUAAAUCUUACUUGGUAUAACACAACUACCAUAAUAAGUUCAGACGAAAACGAACUAACUGAAAUUCGCACUAAAGCGCUUGAAAAAAGUGAUGGCACCUUUCACACUCAAUCCGAACUUAUUUUCAAUGCCACUCGAUUUGAAAAUGAUCACGUUUUUCGUUGUGAAGCUGAAAAUAUUGUUUUGCAAAUUAAUCGCGAAAAACCAAUUUCAUCUGCCCUCACGUUGGAAGUCUUAUAUCCCCCCGUAGUCAAAGUCAGUCCAUCUGAUAUAAUUGCCAAUACAAGUGAAAUUGUUCUACUUAACUGUGAAUACGUUGCAAACCCUGCUUCACUAACUAAAGUUGAAUGGUAUCGCAAUGAUGAUCUGGUAAAUGUAAAUGACACAACUCAUUAUAAAGGUGGUAAUUCGGAAAAUGUGGCUCUUGUUAUCCAAUCUACCGAAAAAGAGGACAUUGGAAAUUAUUCCUGUCAAUUGUCAAACAAUAUUGGCAAAGGAACUUCUGAACAUAAAAUUAAUCUUGACGUGCAAUAUGCUCCAAGUGUCGAGAUUCUAAUGAUACCAGAGGGGCCGGUGAAGGAAAGUGAUGAAUCAAAUGUCACUCUUUUUUGCAACGUGUUGGAUGCAAAUCCUUCUGUUCUUACCAAAGUAAGGUGGUACGCCAACUCUACACUUCUUAAGGAACUUCCAGACUGCGAAGAAUCAAGGGAGGACCUGUGUCACAUAGACCCAAGUAAGCUCUUGUUGGAGAGUAUUGGACGUGGCUUCUUCUACAAUUAUUCCUGUGAGGGAUUCAAUGCUGCUGGCUGGGGUCCACGAAGCGAAGAUAGAGAGCUGUUGGUACAUUACGAGCCCGGUCCUGCGGCAUUAUCUCAUUUUCCGUUAGUCGCCGUUAAGAAAAAGAGUGUGACAUUCUCCUGUUCUGUAGAUGAUCCAGGAUUUCCAGAAUCAAAUAGAUUUCGUUGGCUACGCGGCGGUCGGGGUCCUCUGCAGGACAUUGUGACGAAGGACUGGACGGUGGAGCCAGUGGGUCUGGAUAGUCGGACCAAUUAUUCUUGCUACGCAUACAAUGAGGGAGGCAAAGGUGUGAUGGCCACAGUAAACUUGGAGGUACACGCACCUCCGUUUUUCAUAAAGAACUUGCCACAGUACACGGGAAUUUUGCACUCCUUGUCAAAUGCAACUUUGACUUGUCGCAUCGAAUGCGUCCCGCGAUGCGACAUAUCUUGGCAAAAGGAUGGUGUGCCAAUAGAAAAGAACGACACCCGAUAUUUUGUAAAAGAAAAAUACAUGGAUGCCUCCCCCGCAACGGGCGAUUUUGAAAGCAUGCUAUCAGUCUUGCAUUUUAAUAUGCCCAAUUGGCCUGAUUCGAAAUUCAAUAUCGAGGCUGAUAAUGCAAACUACACAUGCGUAUCAACGGGUAAUAGCGUCGGCGGAAGCAUAAGGAGUCGCACCUAUUUUGGCAUUGAGUACGCACCUGAAAAUACGACGGUUUCGGAGAAUAUUGUUUAUGUACAGGAAGGCACAAUACCAGGACGCGUCAUUUGCAAAUCUCGAGCUAACCCAGAGCCUUCAUAUAAAUGGAUUUUCAAAAACCAAACUAUAGCCAAUGGCAAUGCAUUAAUUAUUAAUACUCCCAUGAACCGAAACGAUAAUGGAACAUAUACGUGUCGUGCGUUUAAUAAGCACGGUAGCAGCAUUGCGAAAACCGUAAUUGAAGUCCACUUUAAGCCACGUUGCGAAAUCGAGAGACAAGAAAUUGAUGACCAGGACACGCUCGUUUGUAUUGCGUACGGAAAUCCACUAGAUGCAGAUUUUUCUUGGUCAAUUAAAACUGAAAAUGAAACAGACGAAAUCUUAGGCAGCGGAAAAAAGGAAACUUCUGUGGAUAAGAGUUUUUACAUAUUGCAGACGGACUAUGCAAUAUCCAGGACUUACAGAUGUGUUGCAAAUAAUACUGUUGGUUACGGCCCAUUUUGUGAAAUUGAAGUAGCUGAGCAACUCGCAUGGUGGCAACUCUGGGAAAAGAACACACUGAUCAUACUCGUGGCUGCUAUCUUGGGAUUAAUGCUGACUGUAAUUAUAAUAUGUUGCAUAAUUAUAUGUAUUUGCCGUCGCCGCCGACGCCAGGAUAAAUAUCUCACGGAAGUGCCCAUAAGUUCUAUCCAAAGUGUAUUAUCCGAUCAGUUAGAAAUGUCACGAGCGGGUGGUAAUCUAUCAACACAGGAUAAAUGUACAGCCUUUUUGCCAAAGCCAUCUUCCUCGCGCUUCAUUGGUAACGCACCGAAAUCGCCACCGCGCUGGCCAAUUCGACCUGGAGUAAUGCUUCACGUAAGCAGCAACACCAAAGAAAAUCUGACUGUAAAUCGAAUGACAGCAAAACCGAACGCAUCUGGUAAUAGUGGCGACAUGAGCCAGUUGUCGGCCCAGUUGAAUGCUGUAUUAAACGGAAGUCGGGAAAACUCCGAUGGCACCAUCCUAACCGAGUUGUCUGCGGUGUCAAGGGAUAUUGCAGCAUCUGAGGUUUCUUCACUAGAAGCAGCAAACCGAAUGGAAGCAACUGUAUCGAUUACAGAAAGGAAUGCAUCUACAGCAGUGGCGCCCCAGGAAAGCUUAUCUUCCAAAACUCAUAGAGGUGCCCAAAACAAAUUGGAUCAUAUUUGGUCAUUGCUUUUUAAAAAAGCAGACGAUUGCACUCGGGAUAGUCAACGGAGCCAUGUUGGCCUUUUGCAGACAUUUUGGCGCGGGCUGGCUUCUAAUGAAAGCACUUCUGGAUUCGAAACUCAGCAUCGUUUGAAAGGAAUACGUUGCAGCGGAAGUGUAACCUACAAAAAGGCAAAAGAUUCUGUACAUGCAACGUCUGACGCAGCACCAAAUGGCGAAUCAUCCUUAACAAUAAAGCCCAACAACUGCCAGUCGUCCGUAUCAAUUCAAUUGCCUUCAAAUUUGAAAGAAAAUACAGCUCUUUUUUUAAUAAAAGAAAAAAGGAAUAAUUUUUCGCAGGAAAUAGAAAAUAUACCGUGUAAUGUUGCUCCUCCUGUAACGAGGGGAAGCUCUUUGGAACCUCCCCCGAGACCUGCACCUCCAUCAUUACCAUUGAAGAAUUUGUUUAAUAUAACCAGCUGGAACUGUUCUGGUAAUUCAGCAAUGAUCCCAUCCAAUAUACUCGAUAAAGAGCAAAUAAACGACAAGUCGUCUUCACUGGGGGAACCGUUGACGGAACCUGGCGAGUAUGAGAAUCUUCCAUUUCAUGGUCUGCAAACGGCACCUAACAAGUUCUCUACUACCCCUACAAAUUUUAAUAACAACACAAAUGCGGUGCGCGUUGCUCAAAGACCCAAGACACUGAUUGGAAAUAUCAAUCAGCCAUCUGUCGGCCAUUACCAAGAUUGCCAGGCCAUUCAAGAUCCACUAUUAUACCAGCAACAAUAUUCUUCCGAUCAGGACACACAAAAUGAUCAGAGAUCACAGUACAACACAAAGCACCGCCUACCAAAUAAUGUUGAAUAUAACCAAAGCCAAAAUAAACCAGAUUUUAAUAGCCUAAGCAAUGGCUUCCCUAAAAGUUACACUGAGUAUUACCAGCAGCAUCAGCAUCCGGAAAAAAUGCAAAUGCAAUUUCCACCAGGAGCAUCUCAAGAGUUGAACAGCAUUUCGCUAUCUAAUGUUAAUUUAUUGAAUGGCACAGAUCAUAUUCCACACUCGGCACUGGUUAAUAUUAACCCAUUCCUGGCGGCCUCUAACUUCAGAAAAUACGAUAAAAUGAGCGAAGAAUUACUUGGCAGUAUGCCACGUGCGAGGCACAACAAAGGCACUUUGAACUUUGAAAACAAAUUUUAUUCGCUUAAACAUCCAGGCGGAAACAAGCUAAUAAAUCGGGCCCUGGAUAAAGACUAUUCCAUAGGUGGUACCGCCUCAUCAACACCCUCCGGUACUGAAUAUACCUCCCUUUCGAAAUGCAAGAUGCACAAUUCCUUUAACUACAAUAGGCCCUGCAAUGUGGGCACGAACAUGCAGCCGAUGCGCUUAUAUGAUCCUUCUGCUUACCAGAACAUGGUUGUGGAGCACGGAGAUGAUCCAGAUAUAGAGUCUAAAAAAGGCGGCGGCAACCUGACUACUGUCCAAAUGCACACUCAUCCAGGCAAAGAUAAAAUAAAAAAGCAACACCAUUGGCAUCACCAACACCGGGAAAAAAAAGAUGAAGGUCUGGGUUCUGAUGUGCAUCAAGUGGAGCCUGAGCGCAUCAGCAUAUAUCGAAGCGACUCUGGAAUUUCCAACAGCUCUUACGAGUCACAAUUUUCAAAACCGAAAAAGGCAACCCUAAACACAUCCUCUGGCCCAUUAGUUCGAAACCAUGCACACAAAAACAUGGAACCCCAGAUCAGUGUUUUCGAUGCGUCCUAUGCAAGUAAUGUUUCUGAAAGCGCGCCACAAUUAGAUAAUAAAACAUCGCAUCAGUCCUGCACAGUGCAAAGUGUUACAUCUUCGCAUUGCAACCGUCCUCAGCCACGAAAUCGGUACAGCGAGGAGACUACUAAAAAUGAUUUCGAGCUGCAUCAACUGGGUCACCACUGCGUGGGGCCGGCUUCUCCGCCUUCAGAAUGCAUUAGUUUAGAUAGCUCCAGCAGAAGCGAAUAUUUUAAAUCGGCGGGGCCAGCCCAGUGUAGUAGUGUUCAGACACCGAAUGAGAAAAUCCAACCGCUCGCUAUUAAUCCCUUUCCAGUUAAAAAUGGGAAGUAUGAAGCAUGCACCAGUAACAAAACCAACAAGAAACAACGAAGACAAACCAUCAGCAACCCAUACGAACAUAUCCAAAGCCACCCAUAUGCAAGACCUGGCGACCUUUGUGACGUCUCCAGAAAAUUCCAGAGUACCAGCUCAGAAACCUCUAAAGCUUACAAUUCUGGCUCCAAAUCUGACACGAGUGCUCCUAAAACAGCAGCGCCAGAGCCAGAGCAUUCGAAAGUCAAGAACAAAAAAAACCGGACUGGCGCCAAUAGAGAACAUUAUGAAGAAAUGCUAGCUUCAAAUAACUCACAGGCGUCAAGACUAGGUUCUCUAGCCGACAUCGAUGAUUUUCCGUCCGAGGUUCCGUCGAACGCAUUGGUAGCUAAUCCCGUAGAUGGCCAGUACGAUUGCUUAGUGGUGCGACGACCAAUGCGCAUGCCGUUGCGUAAACAUCACACCUUCCAUUUCCAAAGCACUCAGACGGCCAACGGCAAGCUACAACAGCUGCGGGAGCGAAUGCAACUUCAGCUACACGAAAGUAGGAAGGUCGAUCAAGGUCAAGAGUUUCCACUGGUGUUUGAUGCGCUGGAAUUAAGUGAAAAGCAUGCCUUCAAGCCCAUUUCACCAAUACCUACGAUAAGCAAGUCGGCAGUGCAGAGUACAAGGGAACAGGAUCAACUCGAUUGUCCUCCGCAACAUGAUUCUGCACGCCAUUUGCAAGGGGCAGAAGAUGAUGAAGACCUUGGAUACAGUUUCUGUGAAGAAGAAUGCGCUGUAGAAAACGAUAUAAAUCCCACCUCAGACAAUCUUAUUACUGCCCCGCCCAACAGCUCCUGUACAUCGAAGGCUGUUGAAAACGCGACUCCAAUAAAUGCCAACAUUUUUGAUGAUGAAUUCAUUUAUGCUGAUCUCGAGAGUCAACAUUACGGACCUAUCAAUUACAAGGCGGCUUCACUAUACUCACAAGUAAAAAAAAACAAGAAGUCAGGCGCUCUUGAUGAAUUUAAAUAAUCUUCUCUUUUGUUUUGACAAUGCAUUUUAAAUAAAAA